CAAACACUUACCUCAGCGUCGCAAAACUGGUCAUAAACCAUAUUAAACCUCGGCCAUAAGUGAUAUUUUUUUUUCACAUAUAGUCUAAAUUUGAUCAAGAUGUCGGCCGAGAUUGAGCAGGCCGAGUCGCCUCACAAUGCCUACGACACGAUUCUGGUGCUGGACUUUGGAUCCCAGUUCACGCAUCUUAUCACUCGACGACUACGAGAACUGAACGUCUACAGCGAGAUGCUUCCGUGUACCACGAAGCUCUCAGAAUUAAGCUGGAAGCCCAAAGGAAUUAUUCUAUCUGGUGGUCCCUUUUCGGUUUAUGACAAGGAUGCGCCUCACGUUGAUUCGGCCUUUAUUGAACUCGGGGUCCCCAUCCUAGGUAUAUGCUAUGGUCUUCAAGAAAUCGCUUGGAACCUGAGCAAGGACAAUGUCGUUGCUGGAACUAAAAGAGAAUAUGGUCAAGCAGACCUAACACCGCAACACCACAACAGCCACGUUGACAGAUUAUACGAGGGCUUGUACGGAGAGUCCGGCAUGAGAGUUUGGAUGAGCCAUGGCGACAAAUUGAGCCAACUCCCAGAUGGUUUCGUCACUAUCGCUACCACUCAAAACUCUCCCUAUGCCAGUAUUGCCCACGAGAGUAAGCCGAUCUUCGGAAUACAGUUUCACCCUGAAGUGACACAUACCCCUCGUGGUACUGAGCUGCUCAAAAACUUUGCCGUCGGCAUUUGCGGCGUCAAGCAGAACUGGACGAUGACGGACUUCCUAGACAAGGAAGUUGCUCGAAUCCGUAAGCUCGUAGGCAAUGGCCAGGUGAUUGGAGCUGUCUCGGGUGGUGUUGACUCGACAGUGGCUGCGAAACUAAUGAAAUUAGCAAUUGGCGACAGGUUUCACGCUGUGUUAGUGGACAAUGGCGUGAUGCGCCUCAACGAAUGUCAGCAAGUGAAAGAAGCACUUGGUGAACACUUAGGAAUUAACCUGACGGUGGUGGAUGCAUCGCAAAUCUUCCUUUCCAAACUGAAGGGCGUAAUAGAUCCCGAGCAAAAGCGAAAGAUCAUCGGCAAUACUUUCAUCGAUAUUUUCGAGGAAGAAGCAAUUAAGAUCGAAAAGGCCGCAGAAAACACGCCAAACGCCGGAAAGGUUGAAUGGUUCCUUCAGGGAACCCUGUACCCAGACGUUAUUGAAUCGAUUUCUUUCAAGGGUCCUUCGGCUACUAUUAAGACACACCACAAUGUUGGCGGAUUGCCGCAACGGAUGAUGGAUGGCCAAGGUCUCAAGCUUAUUGAGCCUUUCAGGGAGUUAUUUAAGGAUGAAGUUAGAGCCCUCGGACGCGAAUUAGGUGUCAAUGAGGAACUCGUCAUGAGACAUCCAUUCCCUGGCCCUGGUAUUGCUAUCCGAAUUCUGGGCGAAGUGACUCCGGAGCGUGUCGAUAUCGCAAGGAAGGCCGACGACAUCUUCAUUAGCAUGAUUAAGGAGGCGGGUAUCUAUAAUGAAAUCAGCCAAGCGUAUGCCGGCCUUGAUACAAACAAGGCCGUAGGUGUCAUGGGUGACAAGCGCUACGAAGGAUACCUCUGCUUGCUGCGUGCGGUCACGACCAAGGACUUCAUGAGCGCCGAGGCUUACAAGUUCGACAUGGACUUCCUCAUGAACGUAUCCACGCGAAUCGUCAACGAGGUCGAGGGUAUAAGUUGCGUGUUCUACAACACGACGAGCAAGCCGCCAGCUACGAUCGAGUUAUCGUAAAGAGGCAGAUUUCCCCGGAUCUAGUUGAGAAUGUUUUCCGGCAAAAGGGCAUUAGACGCGAUGCUUUAUAUGCUAAUCCACACCAUGUCUAUCGGGAAAUUUACUCUCAGAUGUUAAAUACCUAAGCUGGACUGGAGAUGCUCGCUAUCCAUAUCUGAUAGAGUACCUAGGUAUCUAUGUACCUCCUAUUGUUGCGAUCUAGGACAGCCCAGGGCUACUCGUUCGCUUCAUCAUUGGGUCAAGGUCAAUUAUUUGUGUAUUUUCCAUAAACUACUUACCACCUGGGUCAUGGCUGAUAUGGAAUAAACGAGCUGUUGCAAGCUGGUUCAUAAAGAAUUUACCUCCCGAGCUCAGUCGAUUAGUACCAUAUUCAACAGUUAAGAUAUGCUAAAAAGAGCCGUAUUCGUUGUUAGAUACCUAGGUAAGUAGUCAUGAAUACAGAUCGAAGCUUUCCAAA